AUGAAAACCACUAACGAACCAUCCUUAUUAAAAUAUCGAGUAUCCAAUUUAUUAAAUACCAAUUAGAUUUUAGACUAAAAAAAUAAGAAAGUUGUUUUCUAGGCUAAUGAAGACUAAUUAAACUAAUUUUCCGAUGCUCUUUCCAUCAUAAUAAACUUUUAUGAUGAUAUCAAAUCCUAAAUUCAAGUAGCCUCUCAACCUCAUAAAAGAAUUAGGAAUACUAUUAACAAACAAACUAACAAUUCAAAUUCAGAUAAAUCUAAUAAUCACUCUAUUGCUAAUCUCAAUUCUGAAAUUAAGGAGGAUUAAGACUUUCGUAGGUAUCUUAAUAAUUUAAAAUUUCCUAUAGACGUAUACCUCAUUUCUUUUUAUCCCGCUUUAAGAAAUGGGCUAAAAUGAUGGAACAAGAUACUGCUUAUAAAUAUCUUUAGAACGUAUAAGAAUCAAAGGUUAUUUAAGCAUAUAAUUUAUUUAGACAUCAAAAUAACAACGUUAUGAAUUGGGUGAUUUAUAAAGAUGUUUUCGAGUUUAAGUUAAUGAAUCUAAAGAAUCUAAGUUAUGUAAGAAUCUCUUAAAAGAUUUAUUUAUUUCCUUUCUUCAAAAUGAGGCCACUCUUUAAAUAAUGCAUUACAAUAAAAUUAGUUCAAUCGAAUAAAAAGUACAAUAUGGAAUUCAUUCUAUCUUAGCACAAAUACAUUUCAGAAAUAAAAAAUAUGAUUCAAGAAAUGUAUGAACUUAAACCUUUUGAUUCCUAUUUGUCAUCAGAAAAAAUAAAAGUUAAGAGAAAUGCAAAUAAUAACAAUAACCAAUCUCCUAUUUAAGAAAAACAAGAAGAUCUAAGAGAAGAAUUUAAAAUUCCAUAUAUGCAUGAAGAAAAUUAUUCUAACGAUAGUUUUAAAAAAUAUAACCAUAUCCCAUCUUUAGUUGGAAUGAAUAGUUUUUAAUGA